AUGCGUGAUAAGCUACGAUUUUCCUUCCGAAAAGAUCACGGAACACCGAACGGGAACGGCAUCAUUAUCACACCGCAGGUGCAACGCUCUCGAGCGAGGACGAUGUCAAUAACCGCGAAGAAGCGAAAAUCUAAAAAGGACGGUGACAGCGACGACAGCAGCGACAAGAAUCGAGGGAAAUCUCGUCGUCGUUCAUCGAAGAAGCACUCGAGCCUCUACCUCAGCCAUCCGCAUGCGGAUGAUGACGAGAAGGACAAUCAGCCUAAACAGCGCUUCGACACCUUCGUCAAAACUCGAGAUACUGUCCGAACGGGGCAACGGUCAAUCUCAUGGCGACGUAAACUCCGUGAAUUCUACUCGGCGCCAAUCACGACGUUCUGGCUGUGGUCCCUCAGUUUCUAUGUAUUUCUAAUCGCUCUUUCAUAUACAAUCUUGAUAAAAACACCGAGGUAUCCGUCAUGGGUAGAAUGGUAUCUGCUUGCUUAUGUAGUUGUAUGGUUGCUGGAACUGCUACGAAAGUUGGUAAUGAUAGUAAUGAUUGAUCGAAAGCAACAAAUGUGGCGGAAAGUUCUGCUUUACUUUGGUACCUACCGGAAUGGUGUGCUGCUUUUUGCCACGGUGACCUAUGUAAUAGCAUUUUGUAUUCCGAUGCAACCCUUCGACAAGGCAUUUUAUAUGGGUCCUUUAAUUUUCAGAAUGGCAGGCCGGGUAUUUUUAGUCUGUAACUCAGUGUUAUGGUCGUUCAAGCUAUUGGAUUACAUGCGAGUUUUCCGACAACUUGGACCAUAUAUAACCAUGGCUGCGGAAAUGAUUCCUCGAAUGUUGCCGAUUCUCGCGAUGUUGUUCGUUUCACUGUUGGCAUUCGGCCUGGUCCGUGAAGCAAUCACUUAUCCCUAUGAGAACUGGCAUUGGCUUCUACUCCGGAACAUCUUCUACAAACCGUACUUCAUGUUGUAUGGUGAAGUCUAUGCGCCAGAGAUCGACGUCUGUGGAGACGAGAUAUGGGAUGCCCAUAUAGAUGAAGGAGUGCCGAUUGCGUCUGGUUUGCUCAACAUCACGGGCGAGGGAUGUGUUCCUGGAUACUUUGUUGCACCACUCUUUAUGACCGUCUUCAUGCUGAUCGCCAAUGUUCUGCUGAUGAACACGAUGGUCGCGUGCUGUACAUACGUGUUUUGA